AUGCUUACAAGCAAACGAGUAUAUUAUUGGAAUGGAUCUCUAAAUGAAUUGAAGUCAUUUAUCGAAGAUAAUCUGUGUUGGAAAGGGGUAUUGGGCGUGAAACAAUUCGUCAAUACGAAGUAUUCUUUCAAAUGGCACGGCCCUAAGAAUAAAAUGUUAUCGAUGUGUGCAAGAUGAUGAAGAAAAUCCUCUUAGUAAUGCUUUUAAAGGACUAGCUAUAACUGAAGAAGUCAAUUUUGGAAAUUGUGAUGUUGAGUCUGAUCGAGAAGUUGUUAAUAAAACAUUGGAAUCUUGCGAGGGUUGUUCUAAAUCGGACAAUGCUGUUGCUGAUUUACAAGGUGAUGUUGUUUCCCUUAAGUCAAACACAUGGGAAAUCGUACAACAAUUGCUGAAAGUACGCAGUUCAACACGCAGUUCAACACGCAGUUCUUGUCGUGUGAAAGAAUUUGUCGCAGAC